AAUGCAUUGCUGCGCAUGCUGUCUUCCUCUUUUUCAAGGCGCUCAUCGAAGAGAUCAGCCAUGUUUACGGCUAGCGCUAAGAUAGUAAAGCCAAACGGCGAAGCUGCUGAUGAAUUUGAACAGAGUGUUUCCCAGGCUAUCUUGGAGUUGGAGAUGAACUCUGACAUGAAACAACAACUCCGUGGACUCUACAUCUCUGCCGCAAAGGAAGUUGAUGUAUCUGGAAAAAAGGCCAUUAUCAUUUUUGUACCUGUUCCUCAAGCAAGAAGCUUCCAGAAAAUYCAGGUAAGAUACAAGAAAUAAGCAUGCAACAAUGAUG